UGUGGCGCCCGUAUUCAGCUGAAGCGAGAAAGAGGCAACAAGGCAAUAAGGCAAUCGCGAGAUCUCAGGACGAUGAUUUAAUAAGUGCGUUGCGGUCGUCCGCUCUCCAGUCAACCUACCGCCGCUCCUACACCUUUCUUUACUUUUCAGUUCUAACCCCUCUCCGUUUUCGUCAUGUGUGAAAGGGAGAUUCCUACGUUCAAUGCCCCUAAUACCGGCCCGCUAAGUGUCAACGAUGCCAAAGUACGAAGCGUCGUCUCUCAAACUUCAAUUGAGGGAAAGAAGUACCAUCCAUCGCCUUGCGCGUGGGAGGACCAGCAGCUCUAUUUCCUCCUCCCUGACCGCUUCUCGCAAGGCAACGAGAACGGUAGCUUGGAUGUCAAUGGCAAGCCCAUUUCCGGGAGCGUCACAGCCUUCAGCACAGCGGACGAUGCGAACGCCUUGGCGGAAGCGCAAGCCUGGCGAGAUGCGGGCACCCUCUGGCAGGGCGGCACGCUCAAAGGGAUUCAAUCGAAGCUAGGUUAUCUGAAGCGCAUGGGCACGAGUGCCCUCUGGAUUGGGCCUAUUUUCAAACAAUGCUCAAAAGAUAAGCACUCCUACCAUGGAUAUGCGGUGCAGGACUUCCUCGAUAUCGAUCCCCACUUUGGCACCCGGGAGGAUCUGCGCGACCUGGUGAAGGCUGCACACGAGCAGGGCAUCUAUGUCAUUCUCGAUAUCAUCCUCAAUCACAGCGGCGACGUGUUCGCCUACAAGGGCGGCGGCAAACCAUGGACUGGCCAGCGCUAUGAAGUUGAAGGUUUCCGAGACGCUUUGGGGAAUCCGACUCUGCCCUUCCGGCCUAUCACGGCCGCAGACGGUGUCAAGAACCCCGAAGACUGUGCGAUCUGGCCGGCAGAACUACAGAAGCCAGAAUGUUUCACCCGCCAGGGGUCGAUCUCGAACUGGGAGUACGACCCCGAGUUUCUCGACGGCGACUUCUUGAGCCUGAAAGACAUACACCUCGGCACCGGUGAUGUCGACAACUUCAAACCGAGCACUGCGCUUGAGGCACUCUGCGAGGUGUACAAAUAUUGGAUCGCGUACGCAGACCUUGACGGCUAUCGCAUCGAUACCGUGAAGCACAUGGGCGAUGGUCCGACACGGUACCUCUGCACCACGCUGCACGAAUACGCCUGCGCCCUGGGCAAGGAGAACUUCUUCCUCGUGGGCGAAGUAACCGGCGGCCGCGCGUACGACGUCGUCCAAGUCACUGGGCUCGAUGCUGCCCUCGGCGUCGGCAAUGUCCAGGACAAGCUCUGGAAUACCUGUAAGGGGAACACGAAUCCGAGCGAUUAUUUCGAUCUCUUCCGGAACGCAACGUUCUUGAAGAAAGGCUCGGAUGCUUGGAUGCGCAAUCGGCUGGUCACCAUGAUCGACGACCACGAUCAGGUUUGGAAGGGCACCAAAGCGCGCUUCUGUUCCGACUCGACGGGACAGAAGCUCGCCGUCGCAGCGCUGGGGCUCAACCUCACCACCCUCGGUAUCCCCUGCGUCUACUACGGCACAGAGCAGCAAUUCGACGGCCAAGGCGAUAGCGACCGCUACAUCCGCGAAGCCAUGUUCGGCGGCUCGUUCGGCGCCUUUCGCUCCAAAGACCGCCAUUUCUUCAACGAGUCCAAUCCCGUCUUCCAAGAAGUCGCGAAGGUAUGCGCAGUCAGGAAACAAAACCUCGCGCUCCGACGAGGACGUCAAUACCUUCGUGAAAUCUCUGCGAACGGAAACGGCUUCGGACUGCCGCAUAAGCUGAACGGGCGGAUGAAGUCGAUCAUCGCGUGGUCGAGAAUCCUAGCCGACCAGGAGAUCCUGUGUGCGAUCAAUACGGAUACGGAGAGCAGCACCACGGCGUAUGUCACCGUGGAUUCGGGAAUGCACGCUGUAGGCGACAAGGCGGAGUGCAUAUAUCGGUCUAAAAAGGAAGGGGAUGCGCCUGCUGAGACAGCGGAGGUUCUGGGUUUGAAUGGCAAGUCCGUCCGUCUGACGGUCCCUCCGGCCGCGUUCGUGAUGUACAAGAUCUGCCCGUUUGAGCAUGGGGGUUGAGACAGAUGCAGCAUGAUGACCUUCUGAGACCUAGCAACUAGGUCCUUAUAGUGUGUAUGAAAAGCAAUGGCACCGCUUUCUUGCAAGGUGGAAUUCACUUAGAGCCAGGAAAGAUGCUUGGUGGUGGACGGUGUGGGCCCAAAAAUUGUAAGAUGGUGUAUUUGUUUCCUUGCGCCCGAGAACGCUGAAAACCCUCACAAUAAACUAUUCCAACACGCACAUUCUUCCACGCAAAGACGUUUUAACUUGCCGGCCUUGGGCUUUGGGUGAUCACGUGAGUAUCAGGGCUCCUGGGCGGUA